AUGGCCAUCGACCACCUCCCCCCCUCAGGCGACGUAACCGCCCCCCUCAACUUCUACUCCCCCCCCUCCGACAAUUCCCCCCCCUUCAACCUUGCCGACCUCCCCCCCGACUCCCCAACUCCCCCCCGAAACUACGGCUCAACCCCCGUCCCAACCCUCAUCCACGACGCCCGCCCCAACCUCGCCUCCUUCACCUUAGACCGUGACUCCUUCCAAAUCCUCACCUCCCAACCCCCUCCCACUUCCGAACCCUCCCUCUUCACCUCCGACACCUCCAUCAAAACCCACUACUACCCCGAAAUAACCUCCCUCCUCCUCUCCACCAUCCCAAACGCAACCCACAUCCUGAUAUUCGACCACACUAUCCGCCUCCCCUCCCCAUCCGCCCCCCGAACCCCCGUUCAGCGCGUCCACAUCGAUCAAACCGCCCUAUCCGCCGCCCAGCGCGUAAGGAAACACCUCCCCCCCGAGGAGGCCGACAAAAUCCUCUCAACCGGCACCCGAUACCGCAUCAUCAACGUCUGGCGACCCCUCAAUGACGCACCCCUUGAAUCCUUCCCCCUCGCUUUUGCCUCCAGCGCAAGUUUACGAGAUGAGGAAGUGGUGCCGGUAGAGCACAGGUACACCCAGACGGGCUACAUAGGGCAGACGGCCGCCAUUGCCCAUCAUCCUGAUCAAAAGUGGUAUUACCUUUCCGCGAUGCAGAACACCGAACGGAUUCUCCUGCAGUGUUUUGACUCGGAGGCGCUAAAGGAAAACAGUGAGGUCAAGGGGGGGAGGGUGGCGCACUCGGCGUUUGAGGAUCCACGCACCAGACCGGAGGCCGAGGGGAGGAGGAGUAUCGAGGUGAGGGCUUUGGUUUUUGGUCCUUGA